GAGACUCUUGGAUUGAAUUCUCGUGGUGAGCAAGCUUCUCCAAAUGCAUGGGGACAGUCAACCCCUGCCUCUCGCGCUGCAUCUGCAGGCUAUUCCAGUAAUGGUUUCUAUCAGCAACAACGAUAUCAGCAACCCUAUUUGCAGCAUCAGCGUAGCUCAAGUGUAGCUAGCGGAGGAGGUGUGGGCCCAACUUGCCCCUCUUCUUCCUCCUCCUCUUCAUACCACACUGGCCUUUCGCAUCCUCAUUCUCAUUCCAGCUCCCAGAAACAAUAUAACACUUCGGCGACCUCCUACAGCCAACAUCCAGGCCAGCCUUAUUAUCCUUCUGUUGGGGAUAGCUAUACAGGCUAUCAAAAGCAGCAGCGCUAUCAAGAUGAUGAAUUUGCUGAUUCCGGCUACGCAUCACGAUCUCAUGGUAACCAAGCGAUCUCUCAAGGAGUGGCUGAAGCGAAGCUAUUUCAUCACAAACUACUUCUCGACUCCUAA